AUGAUAGGUGUGUUUAACAAAAUUAUACUAUCGAAUCGGAAAAAUCCACUCUUUUCGUCCAUAGUGGGACGCGUUAACUUGGAAUCUUCGGUAAACGUGGUAGAAUCCCUGAAAUUCAAUGGAAUCCAAUCAAGAUUCAAAACUGUUAAGGUUUCCGCCUACAGAAGACCUUCUAGGGGAUCUCCAACUGGCCAGAGUAAGAAGGCUAACAUAGGAAUGAAACGACUUUCCGCUGAGUAUGUUAGGCCCGGCGAAUUAUUGGUAAAACAACGCAAAUUUAUCGCACAUAACCCAAAUGUGACCCGUAAUCGCCACUUUAAGAUUUAUCCUGGCGAGAAUGUUGGCGUUUCUACUAAAACCACUAGUUUAUUCUCCUUGGUUUCCGGUCGAGUCAAAUACACACAUGAUAUCACCAGGAAUGUAAAGCUCGUUAAUGUUCUUCCUGAGCCUCCUGACGAGUUACUAAGGGACGAUCUCUGGAGAUAUAGAACAGAACACGUAACGAGUGUGCAGGACAACACUUCUUUGAUUUGGCGUAGAGUUAAAUCAUCUUACGCCUUUACUGAUAAAUAUGCCCUGGUUAAUCCUCCUCUUAAGCCCUAUCCUAGGGCCAAAUUCUUGUCCAAGUACGAUCAGUGGGAAAAUCCAUGUUACCCUAACAUAUUCAGGAACUUUAAAUACAAAUAA